AUGGCGAUGUCUGUGGGUUCAUGGUUCUGUCUCUUCACGUUCGUAAGUGGCGUCAGCACGUCCAACAGGCAGCAUGUCAUUCCCAGCAGAAAGCCUGCUGCUGUAGAACCGGAGCCUCUGUGGACUCCCCAGGACCACGCUGCACUGCCCGUGGAACCACUUGUCCAGGACCGGCACCGUCGUCAGGGCCGUGGUGCCGAGGAGGAGCAACAGUCGACCUUUGCUCAGUCGUAUGAAACCGAGUCGCUAACAACACCACAACCCACCGAGUCCGACAGCACUGUCACAGUCUCAGCAGGAAGCAGCGACCAUGACAACAAAAUCAAACACCAACAGCAGAACUUGUCUGGUCCCGGACUCGCCAGCCCCUUCAACCCGCUGGCGGAGGGCUCAUAUGUGGCCUAUGCCAUCCUGUUGCUGGCCAGUGUGCUGCUUGCGACGGGCGUGGUGGGAAACAUGGCGGUUAUGUGCAUCGUUUGGAACAAUUACUACAUGAGGUCUGCCUGGAACUACCUGCUGGCUAGUAUGGCAUUCUGGGACUUCUUGGUUCUGGUGUUCUGCCUGCCUGUAGUAGUGCUCAACCAGUUCUCCCAUAGGAGGAUCUUUGGUGACAUCACCUGCUGCAUCGAGCCUUAUAUGGAGGUUGUGUCUCUGGGCAUCACCUCCUUCACUCUGUGCGCUCUGGGAAUCGAUCGAUUCCACGCCGCCACCAGCUCCUCGCAGCCGAAGGCGCGGCCGGUGGAGCGCUGCCGCGUGGUGCUGCUGAAGCUGCUGCUGGUGUGGCUCGCUGCGCUGCUGCUGUCCAGCCCUGAAAUCUUCCUGUGGCAGCUGAGCCGGACCACGUCGCCAUCCAGCGGCCGGCUGGAGGACUCCUGCACCAUCACGCCCUCGUCUCCUCUGUCUGUGUACCUGCCGGACUCCCUCCACUCGCUGCUGCUGAGAUAUCACCAGGGCCGUAUCUGGUGGUGUUUUGGCUGCUACUUCUGCCUACCCGUCCUCUUCACCAUCCUGUCUCAGAUGGCCACCCGUAACGUCAACAGUGAUGCCAACUCCCCCCAAAAACACCGUAGCCAUGAUGACCACUCCACCAACCACAAAAGGCAGCAGGCAAUGGAGCGACAGCUGAACAGCACGCUGCUAAUGCUAGCCGUGGUGUACGCUGUCUGCGCUCUGCCAGAACAUGCCACCAACAUCACACUGGCAUAUACAAACAUCACCGUCUCCAAAGACACUGCAGCCAUGCUGGCACUGUUACAUCACUUCCUGUUGUUCCUCAAGUCAGCGGUGACGCCUGUGCUGCUGCUGUGUCUGUGUAAGGCUUUGCGUCAAACCUGUGACUGCUGCUGCUGCUGCUGCAGGAGUGUCAGUCAACCCGGACUGUCCACUCAGCGGACUCCACCUACACCAUGCCGCAGACCAGCCAAUGAGACGACCAUCAACUUUGACAAGGCGAAGGACACGUCAGCCAUCUCCAGCUAGAGCCUCUUCUUCUCAUCCUGAC